AUUACUUUGUCCUAUCAGACAAGACGAUGGAGUCCGAAGCAUUUCAUAAAUUUGCUCAAGUUGCCUCAACUACAAAAGCAGAAGUAGUGCAAUUUGAAGACUGUAAUCUGACAAGAGAAAAACUGAAUGCAUUUGCACAAGGAGCCACUGAUUUUGGUUUGAAAAUCAAUCGUUUAAGCCUAGUAGACAAGACCAUGGAGUCCGAAGCAUUCCAUGAAUUCGCUCAAGUUGCCUCAACCUCAGAAGCAUCGACCGUGAGGAUUCACAACUCUAGUCUGUCCAGUGCAAAAAUGAAUGCAUUUGCGGGGGGAGCCACUGAAUUAGGAUUAAAAAUCCAGCAACUUAUCCUGAGCGAAGAAAACUUCAAACCAUCUCAUACUAUCAUCAAAAACCUCUGUCAACUGUUUAGUACAGUAGAGGAAUCUAUUUAUCUUAAUGGUUGGGAAAUUGACCAACAAGGUAUUGAUGCCCUACAAUCGGAUUUAAUAAUGUUAAACAAAAAACUGAAAAUUCGCAUCAACGAUGUUUAUCUACAAGUAUCCACCGAUCAGCACAGCUAUUCACGAAUUCAAAGUAUAAAAAACUCAAUUAGACGUAUCUUCAGAAGAGAAAGAAGAUAAGAAUAAAAUAGGGAUGGUGUCAUAGAUAGGUGGUGUCACAAAUAUGACUGACAAAUUUUAUUGAUUAUUGGGUACAAAGCAAGAAAUUGUUGGGUUCAAGAUAUAUUGUUCAUUUUUUAAUUUUGAUUUGUGGCUUACUGUCGUGGCUUUAUGAUUUGUGGUAUUACUUGUCAAAAAAGAUGGUAAAUAUUUACACCAAGAAACAUUUAGUUAUAUUUUGAACAGAAUUCUGAAAAUUUCGAUAAUUCGUCUAUUUUAAAAUUAUUCCGUGAC